UCCCUUUGCUUUUGUUUGAUGUUAACUAACAAAAAUUUUACUGCCAUUGCUGUGAUUAUGGGUUUUCUGGAUUUCUGCUCUCGUGAUGAUCGUGAUAAGAAGCUCAAAAGGAAGCAAUUGAAGACGGUGGAGAUUAAAGUGAGAAUGGACUGCGAAGGAUGCGAGCGGAAAGUGAAGAAAUCAGUAGAAGGCAUGAAGGGAGUAACAAAUGUAGAAGUGGACCCCAAGCAACACAAGCUGACCGUCACUGGAUACGUAGACCCAAACAAGGUCUUGCAACGUGUCAGACAUCAUACGGGGAAGAAGGCUGAUUUCUGGCCUUACGUACCGUAUGAUGUCGUGCCUCACCCUUACGCUCCUGGAGCUUAUGAUAAGAAGGCCCCACCUGGGUACGUGCGGAAUGUGCUAGAUGAGCCGGAGCCUCCUCCACUCGCACGUGCAAGCUCUUUUGAAGUUAAAACCGUCAGUGCUUUUAGCGAUGAGAACCCAAAUGCUUGUGUGGUCAUGUGAGAAUUACGUGGAUCCCAAUUUUGUAAAGUAGUGUUCAAUAAGUAGGAAAAUGAUUGAUAAAUGUUUUUAUAAUGUUAAUCUAAAUUUUAUUUAAAAAAUAA